AUGAAGUUUAUGAUCGAUGACCUCCCGGUCCUUUUCCCCUACGACCGGGUGUACCCCGAGCAGUACUCGUACAUGUGUGACCUGAAAAAGACGCUGGACGCUGGCGGCCAUUGCGUGCUCGAGAUGCCAUCGGGAACAGGCAAGACCGUCUCGCUCCUUAGUCUCAUCGUCUCUUACAUACAGUUCUACCCCCAGAAGCGCAAACUCAUCUACUGCUCGCGCACAGUGCCAGAGAUUGAGAAGGCGCUUGCCGAGCUCAAGCGCCUUAUGGAGUUCCGCCAGGAGCAGGGUGUGGACGAUGGCGAGUUCCGGGGACUGGGUCUUACGUCGCGAAAGAACCUGUGUUUGAACCCCGAUGUGAACAAGCAGAAGAAGGGCAAGGUUGUGGACAGCAUGUGCCGCGAUCUCACGUCGUCGUAUGCUUGCGAGCGCGGCCGCGCCGACCCUGGCAGUGUGCCGCUGUGCAGCUGGCACGAAGAGCUCAACAACUAUGAGACGGGCAAUCUCAUCCCACCGGGCGUGUGGACACUCGACGACGUCAAGAAGUACGGGCAGGAAAAGGGCGUGUGCCCGUACUUCACCAUCCGACGUAUGAUGCCGUUUGUCGACGUGAUGAUCUACUCGUUCCACUACCUUCUCGACCCGAAGGUCGCGGAGCAGGUAUCGGUAGAGUUCAAUGCCGAGUGCAUUGUCGUGUUUGACGAGGCGCACAACAUUGAUAACGUUUGUAUCGAGUCGUUGUCCAUCGACCUCACGCGGCCCAUGCUUGAUUCAGCCGCGCGCAGUGUUGCGACGAUCGGGGACAAGGUCGACGAGAUCAAGAAGACGGAUGCAAGCAAGCUACAGGAGGAAUACGACAAGCUCGUAGAGGGCCUACGCGUCUCCAAUGACCGUCACGACCCCGAAGACGACAUGCUCGCCAACCCUGUGCUCACCAAUGACAUGAUUGAGGGAGCAAUCCCUGGUAACAUCCGCAAGGCUGAACACUUUAUUGCGUUCCUCAAGCGGUUCAUCGAGUAUCUGAAAACGCGCAUGCGUGUGCUUCACGUUGUCGCUGAGACGCCUGUAUCUUUCCUCGCGCACUUGAAGGAGAUCACGUUCAUCGAGAAACGACCGCUUCAGUUCUGUUCUGAGCGCUUGAGCAACCUCAUCCGCACACUGGAACUUACCAACAUCGAGGAGCACGCUGCGCUGCAAAAGAUUGCCACGUUCGGCACUCUCGUGUCGACGUACGAAAAGGGUUUCUUGCUCAUUCUCGAGCCGUACGAGACUGAGCACGCCACCGUGCCCAACCCUCUUUUCCGCUUCACCUGCCUUGACCCUUCCCUGGCCAUUGCCCCGGUCUUCGAGCGCUUCGGCAGCGUCAUCAUCACUUCGGGAACAAUCUCUCCACUCGACAUGUACCCUAAGAUCUUGCAGUUCCAACCCGUCAUCCAGGAAUCGUACCCGAUGACUCUCGCACGCAACGCGUUCUUGCCGAUGGUCAUCACGCGUGGCUCAGACCAAGUGCCUAUUUCGUCUCGCUUCGAAGUCCGCAACGACCCAGCUGUGGUGCGCAACUUUGGCAGCAUUCUCAUCGAGCUGUCCAAGACCGUGCCAGACGGCAUCGUGGCCUUCUUCCCAUCGUACCUGUACAUGGAGUCCAUUGUCAGCGCUUGGUACGAUAUGGGCAUCCUCAGCGAAGUGUGGAAGCAUAAGCUCCUGUUCGUGGAGACGCCAGACGCCAUGGAGACGUCUAUUGCACUCAAGAACUACCGCGAGGCCUGCAACAAUGGGCGAGGAGCCGUCCUGCUUUCCGUGGCUCGAGGAAAGGUGUCUGAGGGCAUUGACUUUGACCACAACUAUGGACGCGCUGUCAUCAUGUUUGGUAUCCCCUACCAGUACACCGAGAGCCGUAUCCUCAAGGCCCGUCUGGAGUUUCUGCGCGACAAUCACAGGAUCCGCGAGAAUGACUACCUCACUUUCGACGCCAUGCGUCACGCCGCACAAUGUGUCGGGCGUGUCCUCCGUGGAAAGACUGACUGGGGUCUCAUGAUUUUCGCCGACAGGCGCUUCGCACGUCAGGACAAGCGAUCCAAGCUGCCACGCUGGAUCAAUCAGUAUAUCACGGACGCCCACUCGAACCUGUCAACUGACAUGGCCGUGGUGCUGGCCAAGAAGUUUAUCCGCCAAAUCUCGCAGCCGUUCGACCACACAAAGACGGGCAUCUCGUUGUGGACGGUCGAGGACAUCGAGGAGCGGCAGCAGCAAGAGAAGGAGGAGGAGGAACGCGCAGGCGCCAAAGCCGACGAGGUGUUUGGGCGGCAGGCGAACGGCGGGGUUGACGACGCCGACGUGGACAUGGACCAGCACUUUGACAUCGACGACGCGGUGCUGGCGGAGGUGGACUUCCCGGAGGAUGUGUGA